GUCACACCGUUACAUGACUGCAGCCAGCUGACAGACAGGAAAUGUGUAUCAGUGUGUCCAAACUCACGAGACUGAAGCAUAAAAGCAAUUAGAAGUGGACAUAGUGGGAGCACUCUGUCUAAACAGGAAUCCUGUGACUAAACUAUCGGCAGAGAGAGAACUGGCAGGAGAAGUGUGAGGAAGACCGCGAUAGAACAGGAGAGCAACAGGCAGGGCUGUGGCAGUAUGAACAGCCAGAAGCGUUUCUCUGCGCUGCGUGCUGAGGCUGCAGGCGCUGUGAGGACCGCCCUGGGAUCGGCUGAGAACCUGCAGCUCACCCUAAAGACUGACCUCAGCCAGGAGGAGCAGCACCUCACCACUCACGCACACACCGACAGAGGCCCAGGCGAGACACGCACCACCCGGAAUGAUGACCUUAAAGAGAUGUUGGAGAACAACAAGGAGUCGCUCAAACUGGAGGCCAUGAAGAGGAUUGUUGGGCUGAUUGCCAAGGGGAAGAACGCCUCUGAGCUGUUCCCUGCAGUGGUGAAGAAUGUGGCCAGUAAGAAUAUUGAGCUGAAGAAGUUGGUGUAUGUGUACCUGGUGAGGUAUGCAGAGGAGCAGCAGGACCUGGCUUUACUGUCCAUCAGCACCUUCCAGAGGGCUCUCAAGGAUCCCAACCAGCUGAUCCGGGCCAGUGCUCUGAGGGUCCUGUCCAGUAUCCGAGUCCCCAUCAUCAUCCCCAUCAUGAUGCUGGCCAUCAAGGAAGCAGCGUCCGACAUGUCCCCUUAUGUCAGGAAAACAUCUGCCCACGCCAUUCAGAAACUCUACAGCCUGGACCCAGACCAGAAGGAGCACCUGAUAGAAGUCAUUGAGAAACUGCUGAAGGACAAAAGCACAUUGGUAGCGGGCAGUGUGGUCAUGGCCUUUGAGGAGGUGUGUCCAGAACGUAUUGACCUGAUCCAUAAGAACUACCGUAAACUCUGCAACCUGCUGGUGGACGUGGAGGAGUGGGGACAGGUCGUCAUCAUCUCCAUGCUCACACGCUACGCCCGGACACAGUUCACCAGUCCAUGGAGAGAGGAUGGUGUGUUUGAUGAGAACAGUGAACGGGCGUUCUAUGAGUCGGACGAAGAGAAGACCAGAGACGACACAGAGAUCAAGCCCUAUACCAUGGAUCCUGACCACAGACUGCUGCUGAGGAAUACCAAACCUCUACUACAGAGCCGAAACACUGCUGUGGUGAUGUCAGUAGCUCAGCUGUACUGGCACCUGGCUCCUAGAAACGAGGUCAGCAUUGUCACCAAGUCCCUGGUCAGACUGCUCCGAAGCCACAGAGAGGUGCAAUACAUUGUCCUACAGAACAUAGCCACCAUGUCCAUCCAGAGGAAGGGCAUGUUUGAACCGUACAUGAAAAGUUUCUAUGUGAGAUCCACCGACGCUACUCACAUCAAGUCACUUAAGCUGGAGAUUUUGACCAACCUGGCCAAUGAAGCCAACAUUUCUACCAUCCUUAGAGAGUUCCAGACAUACGUGAAGAGCCAGGACAAGCAGUUUGCGGCCGGGACCAUCCAGGCCAUCGGCCGGUGUGCUACGAACAUCUCUGAGGUCACCGACACCUGUCUCAACGGACUGGUGCUUCUGCUGUCCAACCGAGACGAGACCGUGGUGGCUGAGAGUGUGGUGGUCAUCAAGAAGCUUCUGCAGGCCCAGCCCUCUCAGCACAGUGACAUCAUCAAACAUAUGGCGAAACUCUUGGACAACAUCACUGUCUCAAUGGCCCGUGCCAGCAUCCUGUGGCUCAUCGGGGAGUACUGCGAGAGGGUUCCCAAGAUCGCCCCCGACGUCCUCCGCAAGAUGGCCAAGAGCUUUACCUCCGAGGAGGACAUUGUCAAACUGCAGACGGUCAACCUGGCUGCCAAACUCUACCUCACCAACUCUAAACAGACCAAGCUGUUGACCCAGUAUAUUCUGAACCUGGGGAAAUACGACCAGAACUAUGACAUCAGAGACCGCACACGCUUUAUUCGCCAGCUCAUUGUGCCUAAUGAGAAGAGUGGAGCACUCAGCAAAUAUGCCCGUCGCAUCCUGCUGGCGCCCAAGCCGGCGCCUGUCCUCGAAUCUGCCUACAAAGAUCGUGAUCGGUAUCAGUUGGGAACUCUGUCCCACACCAUCAACACCAAAGCCAGCGGCUACCUGGAACUUUCUGAUUGGCCUGCCGUAGCUCCUGACCAAUCCGUGAGAAAUGUGGAGGUGAUCGAGCCAGUGAAGGAGUGGGCUCCAUCACUGGGGAAGACUGGGAAGUCCAAGCCAGCCAAGUCUUCAGAUGACAAGUUCUACUCAGACUCUGGAGAGGAGGAAGAAGAUGAGAAGGGCUCCGGGACCAGUAGCAGCAAUGAUGGAAGCAGCAGUAGUAGUGCCGAGUCAGGCAGCGAUGCAGAGAGUGAUGAGGACAAGAGCAGCAGUCAGAGCAGUGAAGAGUCUGAGAAGUCCUCCAGCCAAUCAGAGAAGAGUUCCAGUGAGUCUGACAUUGAACAGAAGAAGAAAAAGAAAAUGAAGAAACCACCACAGAAGAAAAACGUGAAACCCCCCAACAAAGACAGUGAUUCAGAUGAGAAUGGGAACCUUGCUAGAAAAGCCAGCAGUUCGUCUGCAGAAGAUUCCUCUGAUUCUGAGUCUGGCUCUGUGACAGACUCAGACACCGAACACCAGAAGUCUAAAGUCAAACCCAAGGAGGUGAAGUUGCAGAAGGAGGUGUCUCUGUUGGAUCUGGAUGACUUCACCCCUGGACCCGCGACCCAGCCCAGGUCUGUCCUCUCCCCCAGCCUGCUAACAGACCUGGAAGGCCUGUCUCUCUCCAACAUCUCCACCAUGCAGGUGAGUGGGCCUGCGUUUGUCCCAGAAAAGAGCCACAACCUGCUGCAUCGAAUGACUGGUAAAGGCCUGGCAGCCCAGUACCAAUUCACCAGACAGCCCUGUCUCUACCAGCCCAACAUGGUCUCAGUUCAGAUUAGUCUGACCAACACCUCAGACCACCGUCUGGAACAGAUCCACAUCGGAGAAAGGAGCCCCGCGGGACUCAAAAUACACUGCUUCAAUACAAUAGAGUUUCUUGAGCCAGAUGCCUCUGUAACUGUUUCCAUGGGCAUCGACUUCAACGACUCAACACAAGCCGCCAACUUCCAACUGUGUACAAAGGAGGACCAGUUCAGCGUGUCCAUCCAACCUGCUGUAGGAGACCUCUUCUUGGCGGUCACCAUGACUGAACAGGACUUCCGCAAGGAGCAAGGUAAACUGCAGGGAAUGAACGAGUGCUCGGCAACCAUCACCGUGACGGCAGAGAACACUAGCAGCCAACCAUUGAACAGACGGGUGGCUGCCAUGGCCAAUGUGGGAGUGGUUCCCUCUGGUCAAGACAAUGUCCACAGGUUUGCUGGUAAGACUGCCUGUAGCGGAGCUGUUCUGCUGGUGACAGUGGAGCUGAGGGAGUCCUCUGCAGCUGUGAUCACUAUCAACACGGAGAAGAGUGUCAUGGGAUCCAUGCUGCUCAGAGACCUGAAAAAGUCCCUGGCACAGGCCUAGCACCCUGACUCCCCCCAGCCUGAAGUCCUCCAACCCACAGAGAGACACUGCUGUCAGGGACACAAUUUCUCACAGACAUGUAGUGGUUACAAUUUUCUAUUUUUCUUUAUCUCGCUCUCAUUCACCUAUAAAUGCAGGCAAGGGGAUUGUCUUCCACGUGCUUACAUGUCCUCUCAUAUGGUACACACACACACUCAUCAUACCAUACGUUUGUUUUGUACGUGGUGAGCCUCUGUUGUUAUCACUGUUAUUUCAUUUCAACAGUCAAAAGGCUUUUCAAAUCAGCCCCAGAAACUAUUUGUUUUUUUUGUGCCAAGAAAAUAGACUUCAUUUCUGUAAUGCUCUCUAGAGGUGUCAAGAUUUGAAACCUCUAAAAAUAUUAAAUAGCCAAAAAGCCAGGGCGAGUGAGCUGCAAUGAUGCUAAACACUGUAUAACGUGGUGUAAAACAAAAGAAAUUCCUUUUCUCACUUACUGUGCAUUAUCCAUUCUGAAACCUUGUAUUGUUUCCAAAAUAGCAACACCUGGGAAGUGCCUUUAUAACGGAAGAAAGUAAUGUUCAUUCAGAGUAACAAAAAUGAGUUCAGCAGUCAGAUCUUGUAUUGGAUUUUGGUGACAACAACUGAAUGAAUUAAAACCAAUGUGAACAGUGGUUGUCUUUUGUCGGUGGCAGUGUUUUGAAUAUAGUGGUAUGUGGGGAUAAUUUGAGUAUUGGGUUCUUGUGUUUGGGUGACAGUCAUGAAAAAGUUUGUACACACCCUGGAAAGAGACCUGGACUCCCAUCUAGGCCAUGUUUGUGUACUUGCUUUCUGUCAGAUGACUCAAGCUCUUCAACAUUGAUUGUGGCAAUAAAGGCGAUGGGCUGAAUUUGGUGGGACAACCUGCCAGUGGACUGGACUGGACGCCAUUUGUAGAUGAUCGGUCAGGCUUUGGAAUUAUAUACUUUGAAUAGCUGGGAAAUGGUUAUUAACCCCUCCAUGAAUAGUGUACAUCAAAAA